ACAGAUUUAGGUCUAAGUAUUUUUGCUGUUCAGCAAAAUGCCCUCUGUCCUUUCUUGUAAGAGGUGUGCAGAUGAUGGCAAAGAGCAGAUGUUGCUGGCAGAUGAGAGGCCAGAUUUGAUUGAGUCUUUAAAUUCCAGAUGCAACGCCAGUAAUAACAGCAGAAAUUGCUCCAGAAGUGGCAGUGUCCGAGAAGAGGAAAGAGAACGUCUGUCUAUCCAUGAGAGUCUGGAUUAUUUGAUUUCACAUAGCAAAGUUUACAAAAAGUGGUUGCAAGGCCAAACUUACAGAAUGGACUGGGAUCGAUGGUUGUUGAUGGGACUUAUUGGAAUCGUAGUAGGGACACUGGGAUUCCUGAUCCAUCAGAUAAUUGAUUAUCUCAUCAAACUGAAAUGGGAACUGGUGGAAAAUUAUAUUCAGGAAGACAACUUUCACAUGACCUGGAUCUGCAUACUUGGAAUUGGACUGGCUAUGAUCAUUGUAUCAUCAGGACUUGUGGUGUUUUUUUGUCCAACAGGUGCACCAAGUGGACUUCCAGAAGUCAUUGGGUUUUUAAAUGGUGCUUCUAUUCAGCAUAUUUUUAAUAUCAAGACUUUUGGCGGAACAUUUCUCUCUUGUGUUCUAGCAGUAGCAUCUGGACUGUUCUGUGGACCAGAAGGUCCCAUGAUUCACUUGGGUGCAAUAAUUGGAUAUGGAUUGAGCCAGUUCAAGUCUGAAAUUCUUGGAAUUCAUCUUCCUUCCUUAACCAGAUUUUGGAAUUCAGCUGACAAGAGAAAUUUCAUUACUGCUGGUGCAGGAGCAGGGAUUGCCUCGGUAUUCCAUGCUCCGGUGGGUGGACUUCUAUUUACACUGGAGGAAGUGGCCUCUUUCUGGGACAUUAAACUGGCCUGGCAAACCUUCUUCUGCUGCAUGAUGGCUGCUUUCACCACAGAUUUACUCUCCUCUUCUCUCUGCGGAUUUGUCUACAGAGGGCAGUUUGGAUUUUUCAAAGCCGAGAAAAGGAUUUUAUUUUGGGUUAAGAAUUUAUUGGAUAUGAGUGUGUUGGCCUUUGUUCCAGCCAUUUUCCUUGGAAUACUUGGGGGUCUUUUAGGAGCUCUCUUUGUUUUCCUGAAUAUCAAGAUUAACAAAUUACGUAUGUGGUUCUUCAGCACAAUUCCAAAAACAUCCCUCAGAAAAACAGCCAAGCUGUUAGAAUGUGUGCUGAUUCUUGUUAUGACCAUUACUGCAACUGUCUACGUGCCUUAUUUCUUUCACUGUACACCAGUCAAUAUCCUGACAAUGUUUGAUUUGACCGGUAAAUCAGAAAACAUAAGCCAGGUCAAAUGGCAAAUUUCAGAAUAUAAUUGCCCACCAGCAGCAUUACAGAUUGGGCCAGAUUUAGUGAAAGAUUCAAACCAAACCUUUAAUGAAGCUGCUGCUCUCCUGGGCGAGAAUGGCAUGCGAGGAAUCAUGUACCUGUUCAGACGUGGGACCCACAAGGAAUUUGGUUAUGCCUCUCUUUUUACUGCAUUGGUGUUUUAUUUCCUGCUAUCCUGCUUGACAGCAGGAUCUUCAGUUGCCAGUGGUUUAGUUAUACCUAUGCUAUAUACAGGAGCAUUAUAUGGCAGGAUCGUUGGCUUGAUCCUGGUUUCCAUUUUUGGGAUUCAGACUGAUGAGUAUGCGGCAUGGAUUGAUCCAGGACUGUUUGCUGCUGUUGGAGCUGCUUCAUUCUUCAGUGGUGUUUCAAGGCUAACUAUUUCCUUGACAGUUAUAAUGGUAGAGAUUACAAAUGAUGUGCAGUCCUUGUUACUCAUCAUGCUGGCUGUCAUGGUAGCUAAGAUGGUCGGCGAUUGGUUUAACAUGUCUCUGUACAGUUCUCUACUCAAGCUGAAAUGCAUUCCCUACUUAGAUGCUGAGCCAUUUGUCUGUCAAAGGAAAAACUGGUUAAAUUUGGAAUUGUUUGCAGCCAGCGAUGUCAUGAAGCCUAGUGUCAAAGUCCUCCAUUUAAAGGAAAAUGUUGCUUUCUUGGCCCAGCUCCUUACCAAUACCAGCCAUAGUGGAUUUCCAGUGGUGUGCAAAUCUAAGCCAGAUCAGGCAGAGGUAUUCCUGGGAACAAUUACACGGCUUGAGCUCUGUGUGCUACUGGAGAAUGAAGCCAUCUUUGAAACUGAGGCAAUGGAAGAUUCUCAUUCUUCUCCAAUUAUUCUUCCCUACCAGAAGAUCAGAGUUGAAAAAUUGCAUGAUCAGCAAUGGAUGACCAUGUUAUUGGAUCGCUACAGUACAGACCCUCAGUAUCAGCAACUCGUCAUCAAUCUGGAACCAUAUAUAAACAAAUCAGCAGUGUCAGUGCAAGCUCAUUUCUCAUUGCAACGAACAUACAUCAUCUUUCGGUCCCUGGGCCUUCGCCACCUGACAGUUGUUGAUUUGCAGAACCAGGUUGUUGGAAUAAUUACUAGGAAAGAUCUGAUGUCUUUCCAGCUGGAAGAGAAAUUGGGGCUCCAGCAGACAUCACAGCAGCCUCACUCUGAUGAAGAAUCUUUACUCCAGGAGGAAAUCUAAAUGGAGAAUGCUGAGUUUUUCAGGCCUUAUAGUCAUUUUUUUUUUAAAGGAACCCUACUUUCUUCUUAAUGAAAG